AUGGAAGUGCAUCGCAGAAGUCUGCUGACCACAGCUCGACCAUAUCUGCACGUAUUUUCCAUAUUCGGACUUACUCCUCCGCCCCUUUUUUUCGCCAGGACAUUGCACAGGCGACGUAGGGGCUGCUUGGUGGCAGGAUACUCGUGCUUUUCAAUUGCAAUCCUUCUGUUGGUCAUCUACGAGUGCUACGCGAACAUCAUCGCCUUAAACCGGGAUCUACAUCAGUUCCACACGGAGGAUUUUAGCAAAGUAAUGGGAAGCACGCAGAAGAUUCUUGUCGUGGCCAUAACUUCUUGUAACCAACUCAACAUGCUGCUAAACUUUGGCCGCCUCCGACAUAUCUAUGAGGAAAUUGCGGAACUGGAGGAUCAGAUAGACAAUGCUUGGAGAGAUUUAAGUGGACGGAGAAACUGGUGGAGCUUACGGUUCCGAUUGGCCUUUGCAGUGGCAUUAUGGAUGGUAGUGCUCGUGGCCCUUGUACCACGUUUUACGCUUGCGGGUCUAGGACCCCACCUCCACUGGGCCAAUAAAGUAUUCACCGAAUUCAUUCUGGUAAUGCACCAGUUUAAAGGUUCGGAGUAUUGCUUGUUCGUACUGCUAGUCUACGAGCUGAUUCUCCGAGUGCGCCAUACUCUCGACCAGAUCUAUGUUGAACUUGAGGACUGCGAUUGCAGGGAUAGGAUUCAGGAGCUUUGUGUGGCUCUCAAACGGAAUCAGCUGAUGGUUGGCCGCAUAUGGAAACUAGUGGGUGAGAUUGCCACGUAUUUCACCAUCUCCAUGAUGGAAUUAUUUGUAUACAACGGACUGACUAUCCUGCACAUCGUCAACUGGGCUCUCAUCAAGUCUAUCAAUCCACGCGAUUGCUGCCAGUAUAUGCGAGUCGGUACUUGUUUUUUACUAUUGAUCACCAUAUAUUUGUCCUGCUUUUACAGUGAGCUCUGCAUUAAAGCGUACAAUAGCAUCCCACGCAUUCUUCAGCAAAUGGGUUGCUUCCCUACAGCCGAAAAUUAUUCAAUGCUAAAAAUGGGCCUAAGGGAAUACUCAUUGCAAAUGCAACACCUUAAGCUCCAAUUCAACUGCGGCGGGUUCUUCAAUAUCAACCUCAAGUAUUUUGGAGGGAUGGUGGUCACUAUAUUCGGCUAUAUCAUUAUUUUAGUACAAUUCAAAAUUCCAGUUAUGGAAAUGAAAUAUCGAGAAAAUAUUAAUAUUAGCGAAAUGACAACAGGAAUGUUGAGCUUGUGA